GAAACAAUUGUCUGCCAGUAUCAUUGGACCCCUUUACUUGAAUUGGGUGAUUACUACCACCAAGUAGGUGACGGCAAGUUGGAUAUAAAGGAUGUGUUAAUCCCACAUUAUUUUAAAAAAACCAGUCUUAGAGCAUCCAGUCUUUUCAAGCUUCAUUCUUCUCUUUCACAUCUUCAGCUCCAGGUCUGAGCCUUUUCAAACAACUCUUCAUAUCACUCUCUCAAAAAAAACUUCUUCAACUUUUUCUCAACCAACUUCUUCUUACCAACACAUUUCAAGGCUUUCAAAUAUUAACAAGUCAUCAAAAUGCAUUUCUCAAAGAUCAUCGCUGCUGCUUUCCUCGCCGCUCCCCUUGUAGCUGGCCAAUCUUCUGGUUUCGGAGGAGCUGCCCCAACUGGUACUGGUGAGAUUGGAUCCCGCCCUACCGGCGGUGCUCAACCCUCUGGCAGCGCUGGUGGAUUUGGUGGUGCUGCCCCAUCUGGCGGUUUCGCCUUGGCUUCCGGCGGAGCUGGAGGACAUGGACACCACAGUGGUGGUGCUCAGCCAACUGGCUCAUCAAACUUCGGAAACGGCAAGGCGCAACAGUCCGGUGUUGCUCAAGCUUCCGGCAAGGGCGGUCACAAAGGCGGCAAGGGUGGAAAGGGUGGAAAGGGUGGAAAGGGUGGAAAGGGAGGUGCUUCUGGAAGUGGCUUCGGUGGUGCAUCAAAGACCGGUUCCUCUGGAGCUAAGGCCACUGGAGGUGCUAAGGCUUCCGGUCAUCAAAGACGUCAACAAAGCAGUGCUGCAUUUGCACCAGGCGGAGAGAUGCAGCAACCAACUGGCUCUGCCGGUGGCUCCAAGCCAACUGGAGCUCGUCCAUCCGGUGCUGCUCAACCAUCUGGUGGAUUCGGAGGUCACAACGGUGGCCACAACGGUGGCCACAACGGUGGCCACGGACACAGCAGCCAAGGUGGUGCUUCCCCAACUGGCGCAAAAUUCCGUAACUUUGGAACUAAGCCAUCUGGUACUUUCUCCCAAGGUGGUGCUAGACCAACUGGUGGAUUCGGUGGUCAACAAGGCGGCGCUUCUCCAUCUGGAGGAUUCGGUGGCCAACAAGGUGGUGCCUCUCCAUCUGGAGGAUUCGGUGGAAGCCAAGGUGGUUUCCCAUCUAGCUUCCCAUCCGGAGCUGCUCCAUCAGGAUUCGAAGGUGCUGCCCCAUCUGGCUUUGCAUCCGGCUCUGCUGCCGCUCCUCAACCUACAUCUUAAGUAGUUCGAUGAUUGCAUGGUUUAUGCAUGACUUAUUGUUUUUACACGAUUGUUAGUUCUUGGCGAUGUUCAAAAGAUUUGUAUGCUUUAUUGGUAUUAGGGGUAUUGGUGGGACCCGAGACAGCACACCCACUGUGUUCUUUCUUUUCGUGCUAUUGGCUCUGGGAGCAUUUUUGUGUAUAUCUUGGAUGGCUCUGUAUAUUAGAGUGAUAUUCGAUGAAUUUGAUCUUAGAUCCUUUUCGA